UAUUAUUGAUUGAUUACACCUCUGCCAUUUGUAAAAUUUUUCAAAUUUGCCUACGGAUGCAGAAUUUUCCUGAUGUGUUUUCUUGUGAAUAGUGGCCUAAACAAAGCCACUUGUGUAAAUGCCCAUUUCUCCUCCUACAAAGUCCAAUUCCAUUUUUCCCCCAAUCCACCAUGGCAACACCACCUCCAAUCUUCAUCUCCACCGCCACUCUCCACACCCUUUUGACCCACAAAUCCCUCGUCGACCACCUCCAAUUUUCACUCCCUACCUUCGCUUCCACCAUUGAAUCCCCACUUCGCCAUGCUCAUCAAACAAGCCCUUCUACCUCUCUCCUCCUCAUGCCUUGUUGGUCUCGUGCCCCUUCACUUCCUUAUAUCGGAGUCAAGCUAGUCACUUACCAUCCCAAUAACUCAACCCAAAAUCUACCUGGGGUUCAUGCCAGUUAUGUUCUUUUCAAUUCCAUUACCGGACAAACUUUAUCCACAAUGGAUGCCACUCAACUCACAGUCUAUCGAACUGCUUGCACCUCCGCUUUAGCUUCAAAAUUCUUAUCAAGACAAGAUUCAGAGACCCUUUUGAUGAUCGGUGCAGGUACUUUAGCGCCGCAUUUGAUCAAGGCACAUCUGACAGUUAGGCCAAAUUUGAAGAAAGUCAUAGUGUGGAAUCGAACUGCUGAUAAGGCGAAGCGGGUGAUCGAGAAUUUGCAAAGUGAAGCUAGUUUUGAAGGGGUGAGUUUUGAGAGUAAUGCAUCUCUUGAGGAAGUUGUGGGGUUGGGAGAUAUUGUGAGCUGUGCUACGAAUUCAGGGACACCAUUGGUGAAAGGGAAGAAGCUUAAAGAAGGAGCGCAUUUGGAUUUGGUUGGAUCGUUUAAGCAUUCGAUGAGAGAAUGCGACGAUGAAGCGUUGAAGAGGGGGAAAGUGUUUGUUGAUAAUGAAGCUGCUAUGGUAGAGGCAGGGGAGCUUGUGGGUGCUUUUGAGAGAGGGGCAAUUACAAAAGAUGAGAUUGUUGGGGACUUGUUGGAAUUGAUCAAGGGAGAAAAGAAUGGGAGAACAACUGCUGAAGAAAUCACGGUCUUUAAAUCAGUUGGUUCUGCUGUUGUGGAUCUCCUCACAGCUCAAUUGGCAUAUGAGACUUACAUGAAAAGUCAUUAACUUUACUUUAUUAGUAGUUCUGUUCUUAUAUCAUGAUACAAAUAACGAUAAUUAGGGCUUAUUUUUACUCUAGUGCUUGUUCUAUGUCUCAAUAAGAUGGAAAUGCAGUUUAAUGUGGUAUCAAACAGUUUUGACAUUUUGUGA